AUGGGGGAUAAGGGCGUAAGCACCGCCCAGGAUUGGGUCACCACAACGGGAGAUCAGGAGCAGCCAUCCUCCAUCUCCUUAGGCUCUUUCGUAUUUCAUCUCUCAAUUCAACCGAAGGCAGACCACAACAACGCCAUCUUAGCGGGAUCUCCUGCUCAAGUGCGUCGGAAUGGGCCAGACUCCGUGGCGGAUCUGCUGAUGAGAGAGGAAGGCCAGACUCCGUGGCGGACUGCAUCCAGGCGACGACCAACCGUCCUGCGACGGCGAGGGCUCAGCAUCGGCGACAAAAUUCAACAGCAGCGAUCCAGAGGCUUUAAUCGAAAAGCUGGGUCCCGUUCUUGGUCCAAGCAAGUUCGACAGAAACCAAGUAAUCAACCGGUUCAUGGCUUUUCAUCUGGUACAUCGUUUCAGCGGCCAACAAAUAGCCGGUUUCCUUCCUUUCGACAAAAUGGCACAAGGCAGAGAACAUCCAACAAGGUUGAAAAUCAAUGGGGAAAUAGGGAUUAUGAAAUCACUUAUUUUGUUGAAAGAAGUCAAAGUCAAAGAGCCACCUCUACUACUUGAUCAUGGUCCAGCAAAAAAUACUAAUUUUGAGUUUGAUCUUGUCGCCUUGGAUAGAGAUCUUCCUCCUUAUGAGCUCUCAAUUUCUGGCACCCUUUUCCAAAUUCAUGUCGAACAGUCUGACAUUUGUGACCAAACUUUGGUGUUGAGUUCUGAGACUGACUCCUCAUUAUCUCAUAUUAAGGAUUUCUUUCAAACCACAAUGACACAAGGGGUGGACUCACUUUCUCAAUUUUUAAUCAAAGAGUUUGAAAGAAUCAUUGCAAAUAAACACGGUGAGGAUUAACACACUACUUAUUGUACACCCACAGAAACUCUAAGGAAUGCUUCUCCAAGUAACAGUCAAAAGGGACUUAUGGAAAUAAGGAAAGCUACUAGGUGUACAAUGCCAGACAAUCCAAUGGAGGCUUAUACAGGUUAUCAGCAAGGUUUUGUUGUUGAGGAAGCAUAUAGUGAUUCGUUCUUUCAUCCGGAGAUUGAAUAUCUUGGUCAUGCUUCAGAAAACGAGAAUAGGGUUCCAUUUUCGGCGGUAGAAGACUUGUGGGACUCUGAUGAAAACCGAGAAAUUUGUCACAAAGCUUUGUUGAUCACAAGAGAAAAUUACAUACCUACAAGUAAUUUCAACACUAGUAUUGGAAUGUACAGGAGGAGUAAGCGGCAGUCACAUCAUAUGAGGACAAGAUCUCAAACUCGCGAGAAACCUUGAUCUGAGGGGCUACUAUUGAGGGGAGUUUAUUGUGUUGUGGGUUGGGUUAUUUUUUUCUCUUUAUUUUCUUUAUUUAUUUUUUUUCGUUGCUUCGUAUUUGUACUUUCUUUUUCAUUAAUAAAAUUUCCUUUUCUUUAAAAAUAAGUAGCAUUUAUCCCAUUGUAAAGGGUUAGCAUUAGGAUACUUAGUAGCCACAUACUUCACUCAGCUCUUGUAUUAGCAACUGGUCCAUACUUUCGUUCGGCCAUUUAUUUUGUAAUUAGCAUAACUAUACUAAUGCAACUGGG